GGUCCAGUAACUCUGUAGAUGACCAGUGCGUAUCAUACAUGACGAACACUUUCCGAAAGGAACUGCAGUCGGAACGGUUUUGACUCAGAUAAUUAUCUUCGAGGAGACCGGGAACAUCAAGAGGAGUAUAGACCUGUUGAAUCGACUACAACUCCCGGAAUAUCACCGACAUCGGAAACUCUCUGGAGACAUUGAUGACCGAGGACGUAGUAGGGAAAUAGGAUGGACACACAGCUUGGAGUACUGCAGGCAACAUUACAAGCAAUUUAUCCGAGGAAACUUCUACAAAGAGCAGAUAUCCACAAGACUCAGUCGCAGGGCGUAAGAGGAGAAGAUCACCAGGGCUGGCCAACCAUUUCACUAACACAUGCGAAUAUCACCACAGCAAAACAUGUAACUAACAUGACGCAAUGAGUGCUUUAAUCGAACAGAGCAGCCCCCUUUUCACGAAGAAAGAUGGACAAGGAGAUGAAAGAUGCGACAGCAGAUCAUCUAGUGACACACCUUCGAGUUCUGAAACAAUGACCCUCAGUGACAGAUCUAGUAAUGGAAUUCGGAAUUACAGGAAAAAGUACAGUCGACAGGAUCACAAUCAUGACCCAAUAUCUUUCCACAGGAAUGCUGAAGACCGCAUUGAAAGCAGUGACUAUAGUAGCUGGGAAACAGAUGAUACCGAAUGGGCUGACAGCAACAUCAGCGACGACGCAUUCACAAACAGAUCUAAUUAUGAGGAGGCGAAUGAAGUCGGUCAUAUAAUUUCUCGUUUGAGCAGUGAGAGCAGCGAGGAUACUCUAAGCAGUGAUACAUGGAGUAACGAUGAUGAGGAACAGCGCGGCAACAGUUUAAGAGACAUCAAACUAAGAGUGUAUCACAACUACCUUCAUGAAGACGGCCUCAAGGACGACUUAGACGGCUCAAAUGAGAGCAAGGCAGCUGACAGCUUCAUUUAUACUCAACCGAGCAGAGAUAGCUAUCCAAGUUCAGACACGAUGAGCAGUGAUACAAAACGUAGCAAUUCAAAGGGUUGGCAACGCGAUGUAUACGCAGAAAGACGCGAAUUGGAUGAAUCUCUAUCCUUCUGGGAAAAGGCGAGCACUCUAGGAAGCGACAGCCUUAACACAGAAACCACAGGUGCCCGGUGGCGGCAGACUGCCACCGACAGUGAAGUGUUCGGUCAUUUCCGCAGCGACAGCAGUAUUAGCACAAACACAUUAAGCAGUGAUACGAUAGACACUGAUGAUCAAGACUGGCACAGCCAUAAAACUGUAGAAAACCAGUACAUGACAAAGUUGCAAGAGUCCGAAGAUUACUGGGACAAAAACGACAACAACGAGGGCGACAUGAAAUUUUCUGGUUCAAGAGAUGACAGGAGUACGACUGACUUGGAGAUGCCAAAUGGCAUAACGAUUCGUCGACAUGAUACCCUGCCUUUAGCAGAGCAGAGCCCUCGGUCCACAUACAGAACAUAUAUGAAGGAAAACAGUGGCUCCGACACAAGAGACGGCACCAAUCAAUAGCAAGGAGCAUGGAAAACCAUCACCGCUAGAGCAGACUUUACAGGGGUCGCUUAACGGAUUACACAGGGGACUGUAUUUUCGUGCUCACCCGCAGAACGCACCCGUCCUCCUUCAUCCUUCGCAUGAACUGUGUCAGCAUGACACCGCUUGAACCGGUCAAACAGCUCCAGGACUCUGCCCCGUAUCAGAAACGAUCUCUCUCUGGUCUCUUCGAACUCUUUUAACAAUCCAGGGGGUAAACCCUCACCAAAAUAAAUGUCCACAUCCUCUGAACUGCAUCAGAAAAAAAAACCACUUCAACAGCUUCAGUAAAUUUCUCGAAAGUUUUGUUCUACCGUUUCGUUUGUCAGAUCGUCCCUGAAAAGAUGUUAGAUUCGAGAAGGGCAGUUGGAGUUCAGAUGCCGUAAGUUCCCAACAAACGUCUUGCGCACGAAAACCCUCAACCGCAGCGGCUUGAGCAGCUUUUAGAGUACCA